AUGCAAUCCAAGAUAUCAAGCCUCGCACGCCCGGGGAGAAAGACCCUCCAACCCAAGGCCUCGCCGGCAAACAACAAUUUUUACAUCUACUCGAGCGAUGCAACCAUUGACCCAGGAAAGGAACAUCAAGUCCUAACCAAGGGCACCCCAAUCGACACCUUCGUAUCGAAUCUGAAAGACAAAGUCAUCAUCUUGACCGCGAAGCCCACGGCGCCCGAUCGAGUCGCAAAUUUCGACGCGUCAGACAAGUGGCUCCAGUGGUUUUCCCAUCUGAACACUCAGCCAAGCGGAUUUGUCUUCUCGUUGAAGGAGGAUGACCAGACGAACAUCCAAAGCUUCCAGUUCUCCUUCACGGCUCCAUGGAGGGUGACUUUCAGUUCCUCCUCCGACGCCCUGAUUUAUUCCUUUGGCCCCAAGACCGGGUCCAGUCCCGCUCAGCCGCGGGUUCCAGUCCCUGGUAUCAACGGAAAAGUGCUCUGCUGUGGCCUGGAUCCAACGCAGCAGGGGACGCUGAGUGGCACAAUCGGGGAUGUACUCGACUUUACUAAGCUGAAGAGCCUUGCAGCAUCCAUCCCCAAGGCCAUAGUGGACUCAGAACUCCGCCUGAAUUUAUCCGCGGCCCAGAACCAGCGCAAUGCGCUGUGGCUCACCCCGGCCUUGGGCCUGGAAACGGUAAUGAGACUCCAGUUUGAAUUCGUCAACCUCGCCGCUGUACAGCAAUUUCUGUCUGACUUGUUCACCAUUCACACGGCAGGUCUGGUGUGCAACAAGGUCCUGGGCGCAUUCGGAACGGCAGAACCGCCAACUGUUGUAGAUAAAAGCUAUGUGAUGUUUCAAAUGAAUUGCGAGAUAAAGCCUGAAAGCCAUCCGUCGGUUAUGGUCAUCGCGGGAAUCAAAUUUCAAGGCUCAGCAAUGAUGGUUAUCUUUAAACCGAAGUCGAACGACCCGCUUACGGGGAUCCUAGCGUGGCUCGCUCAACUCUCUGGGGUUGCUCAGGAUGUCGAAGGAAUCUUUAAAGAGUCCAGCGCCUUCGAGGACACGCUCAAGCUGCGCCGGGUGAAACUUGGAUUCACUAUCGAAGCGCAAACUGGCAAACGUACCCUUAAUAGCUUCAGGGCCGAUAUCGAGGCACAGGCUAAAUUUGGCAGAGACAGUAAUCCUGUGGUGUUUCUCAUAUCAUACACUUGGUCGAAGGGAGCCGGCGUGGGCACCUUGCAGGGUCAACUGUGGACCAGCCAAGGGGACCAGCAAGAUUGGGAUCUGAGCCCGUACUAUUCAGAAGUUGAGGAUCUUCAGCCGAGUAUCUCCAACCCAGCCACUGGCAUCAAUCUCCUCAAAAUCGUCCCCGGAGGUGACUCAAUCCAGAAUGUGCCUCAUUAUCUCCCCACCGCAAUUACCUAUGCUUCCAUCACCCUAUCAUCAAAGAGUCUUGCCAUACGAGCAACUGUUAAGGCUCAAGAUACCCCGCCCGGCCCCCUUCCCCAGCCUUACCUGGGCCAGUUAACGAUGGACUUUUCGUUUACUUGGGGAACGCAGAAGUCGUUCGCACUGCGCUUUGGAAUUCUAGCAGGCAUUAAGCCAAGUAGCGCAUCGAUUCACAAGGACUCGGCUACGUUGGUGGGAUUCCUAUCCUAUGACUCGAAAGAACAGUCCUGGAAGGUACAGGCAGACCUCCAGGGACUCUACGCGUCUACCCUAUACGAUUUCUUCCAGCCCUCGGCGGCCAACCACAUUAUGCCAUUGAUCGAGUCUAUCGAAAUCGCGCAGUUGAGCCUGGACUAUGAAUAUACGAAAACGCCCAACGCAGUUGGGAAGUCCUUCACGCUGAGUGGUGCAAUUUACGUUGCCGACUUGGAGCUGGAUCUUACCUUCACAUACCAGACUGAUUGGACCUUCACCGCGACCCUGAGCUCCCAGGACAUGAAGGUCACGCUGGGCGAUAUCAUCGCCAGUAUCCUCGGUGACAACGCGCUCGAGCUUCCCGAUUUUGCUGCGGAUAUGCAACUUGAUGCUAACAAAGACAAGAUCAUCAUCGACGUGAAAAAGGACGCGGACUCUUUUCAGUUCAUUGCACAGAUCCACAUCGAGUCUCUGGAAUUGAUCUUCUGCCAGUACCACGGCGCUGACUGGGAGAGCACCAUCCCGUCGAAGCGGAUGCUGAUGGCCGCUCUGACCGCAUUGCCCCAUAUCAGCGUUCCCUUGGUGGGAGACCUGACGCAGCCUUUCGAUGAGAUGUACGUCCAGUGGGUGCAAGACGGUACGAAGCGGAACGGGAAUAACAACCCUGCUGGCCUCACGCGCAAAGAGAUCAAAGCUCUGAAUCCCUCGCUGGGAGAGAAACCGCUGGUCCCGAAGGAUCAGUUCAAGGACAAGACGGACUCGGAUGUGCUCGUGGUAGCGGGUUCUCAUUUUGCAGUCAUCCUCAAGACCUCCAGCGGCCAGCGGAAUUGUAUUCUUGACUACGCCUUUGCGAAGCCGAAGGAGGCGGCAGUCUACGACCGGCGGAUGGUCAGCAAACAUGCAGAAACCGAAGAAGACGAUAGUGAUGCAUCCAGCGCGCAUGCCCCGCUGAAGAAAAAGGCCGGCCCUCUGUCGAUUAGCAGCAUCGGCUUUAAGUACUCGCAGAGAGCGCUCCAUAUCAUGUUUGACGCAACCUUCGAACUGGGUCCUUUGGGCUUCACUCUCAUCGGCUUCAGCAUCGGCCUCACGAUCCACAACCUUACCCCAGCUCUUGCCGGCACCCCCAACAUCGACGGUCUGUCCGCGGCCUUCGAGAAGGCGCCGCUUUCUAUUGCCGGGUUGAUCCGACAUGGAAGCAAGGGAGAUCUGGAAUACUAUAGCGGCGGCCUCAUUGUCGGGUUUACCCCGUAUUUGUUCGAGGCCGCCGGCUUCUACGGACUUGCAAAAGGCCAGGACCCCUUCAAGUCCGUUUUUAUUUUUGCUCGCCUGGAAGGGCCCCUGGUAACACUAGAGUUUGCCGAGAUCUCCGGCGUCACCGGGGGAUUUGGGUAUAAUUCCACCGUCCGCACGCCAUCCAUCGCCGAGGUAGUCGAUUUUCCAUUCGUUGCCACCCACACCCUGGACGGACACACUGGCAGUGCGCUGGAGGCCCUGAAUCGCCUUACCAGUCCGGCCACCGGGGGCUGGUUCUCGCCUUUGGAGAACAAUUACUGGCUGGCCGCGGGACUGAAAGUCGACGCUUUUAAGAUGGUUACCGUGGAUGCCGUGAUGGUGGUCCAGUUUGGCACGGCGGUGAAGCUGGGCAUCUUUGCAGUGGCCGUCACGGAUAUUCCUGAUGCCAGCGCGAGUCUGAAAUUUGCCCACGUGGAGCUAGGGAUUGCGGUGGUGCUGGAUCUUGACUAUGGACUGCUCAAGGCCGAAGCGCAGCUCUCUCCCAACUCGUAUAUUCUCGACCCGAACUGCCAUCUUACCGGCGGUUUUGGCCUGUGUUACUGGUUUGACGCUCCACACGCCGACUCCAGCAAUACCGGCAACUUUGUGUUCACCCUCGGUGGCUAUCACCAGGCGUUCCAGGUCCCUGCUAGUUAUCCCAACCCUCCCCGGCUGGGCAUCAGCUGGAAUCUAGGUGCGAAUCUUAGCAUCACCGGCCAGGCCUACUUUGCCAUCACCCCCAAGGCCUGCAUGGGUGGCGGCCGGCUGCACGCCGCAUUUUCGGCCGGGCCUAUUGAGGCAUGGUUCGAUGCAUUCGCCGACUUCCUGAUCAACUACAAACCGUUCCACUUCCUUGCCGAAGUCGGCAUCUCGGUCGGAGUGCGUAUCAACAUCGAUAUCCUCUUCAUCCAUACGAGUGUUUCCAUCGAGAUCGGUGCCGAUCUGCAUCUCUGGGGACCCCCUGUCGCUGGCCGUCUCCACGUUCACUUAUGGAUCGCAUCGUUCGAUGUCAACUUCGGCGACAGCGACUCGUCGACGCCUCCGGUCGACCUCGCCGGAUUCUAUGACCUGGUGCUGCAAGCCAACAGUAAAACUCAGAGUGCCAAAUCCCACGCCCCCGAAAGGGGUCAGGUCAUCGAUGUCUCCGAACCCCAUGUGAGACCAUUAAACGAGGGCCUCGUCUUCCGGGGCCAGUCAGGCUUGAUGAAUAAAAGCGACGUCCCCGAGGUCCCUGCCAACCAGCCCUGGGUUGUCCGAGGAGGCACGUUCUCUUUCAUCAUCUCGUGCACGAUGGCCAUCGACACGGCGACUUGCAAUGGCCAAAAUCUCACAUACACCACCAACCAGAUUUACGCCCGCCCCAUGCACCUCACUGCCCCCCUUUCCUCAACCAUGACGGUCAGCAUUCAGCAGGGCGGCGCCUCUGACGAUACGGUCUGGGGAAUGGAUAAGUAUAUCAAGGCGAGUCCGAAUGCCCUCUGGGGAGUAUACUCUCCAACUACGGACCCCUCCGGCGGAAACAACCACAUCUCCGCACUCCUCAAUGGCAACAACGCCACCACCCCGUUAAUGAUGGGCCUCCAGUUAACAGCACCUCCGCCGACCCUGUCCCCUGACAAACUGCCCCAGUUUAACAUCGAACAGGCCGAUCUGCAGCGAAUCCCUGCCGAGAAGCCAUUCCCGCCAUGUGUGCCGUCUCACCCAGAAUGGGAGCCUGACACGGCCCACGGGACGAGCCAGUGGACCGAAGUCCGCGACCACUGGGCAACCCCGGACUGGUCGACGGGUGAGGAUGGCCAGAAGGGAUUCGUCGAGACCUGGGCGAAAACAUUCCGGUGGGAUUCGGAGUUUUUGUCGACGUUAGCGCCGAUGCCGCAGACGUUGAAGAAGGAUUUUUUGAAUUUGUAUGUGGCGGCUCCGUUGAUGACGAAGUGA